AUGGAUACAACUCGAACUAUAACUGAGUUGAAAUCUGCAUUUAUCUGGAGUCAAGUCCGCAUUUUCUCAGAGAGCCUCGAUCUCCCGGAAGACUGGCGAAACUAUGCUGCUGAAACCACGGAAGGUGAUCUAAGUGACAAGGUGAUCGAAGAUGUUCUACAUAAAGUAAAUGCAGCUGCUAAGCAGCACAAUCGCGUUGUCUAUUCAUCCCAAGCGAUACAUCAUGUCGCCCAACAGAUUGCAAACUUGUACUGGUCGUCGGUUAGCCAAGAGGCACAAAGUCGAGAUGCUUUUGCUCGAGGUAUCGAAAAAACAACGGAUUUGUCAAGGGAGAUAAACAUUGCAAAGAUGCCUGUUGACUUGGAAAUUCCGGAAGCAAGCGAAGAGGAGCAUGCAAGGUAUCAGCAGCUCCGUGAGCGGCUCACGAGUCUUGACAGCCAACGGCAGCAACGGCAACGGCGCCUUGAUCAGUUGCAGCAUCUUCGACGAUUGCUUGAGCCAUUCGAAGAUCCCCAAAAGAACAUUCAACCCAAUCUUAUCACGAGGGAUGGGGAACUUGUUCAAGAAUUGGAGAAGAUGCCCCCACUCGCUGCUAGCGUGAGCUCCCAGCACAACACGCUUGUUGGCUGCCUAUUGGAGUGUGAUUCUGAUCAGAGCUCCCUGAACGAAUUUGCCAUUGAUUCAGACUUGAGUGAUAGUGACGAUACUGUCCCUGAUUUGAGUGCACCCGCCAUCAUCGAGGGCGACACUUCCCCCUCCCCUUCCAAGGCUUUCACGCGUGGGCAUCGCCGUCGCUCCACGCACGUUACUCGCCGUGACCUUGAGAAGUUUCAAUCGGAGGUCCUAGGCGUUGAAAAUCACGCCUCGUGGUUCGACGAAGACAACGGCGCUCCCCAAUCAUUCACUCCUGACGAUCCUCAACUUGAGGAACUGAACCGAGCUUUCGCCGACGCCGACGUCUCUAUGAACAACGCCGCCAUGGCUAGUAACGGUACUGGCCCCGGAAACUUCUCGGGUUAUGAAAACAACACCGGCACGAUGAACAUGCCGAAUAUUCCCCCCCGCCAGACUCCGUCCCCCUCUCCCUCCCACUCUUCGGUCACCACCCAGAUCAAUGGCGGUGGAAUGGGCGCCAUGGGCGCGGCAAUUCCGAUGAACGCUGGCCAUCAGAUGGACCUGCACCAUCUCUAUGAGAUGGUUGUUGAAUUGAGCGACGUGUUGAAGAACAAUCGAGAUGUGACUAAGAACAUCGUCGCAAAUGCGGAGGAGAUUGUGAAGAACGGUAUUGCGGACAGCUCUAGUGCGAAUGGCCAGCAGGGCGAAAACCUUACCGCUCGGAUUGCCGAACUCGAGCGUGCACUGGCCAAGGAAAAACGUGUGAGCGCGGACCACAAGUACCACCGCGAGGAAAACUGGAAGAUGAUUCAGGAGUUUGAGACCGCCGUGGGUGUUAUGGUCGAGCAAAUCCGCAGUUACUGCCAGAACAACAACAUGCACUACCUUGCGCAGAAGAAGCACUACAACAAUCUCCUUCAGGCUGAGCGCGACGCCCAUCUGGAAAGCCGACUUGACCGGGACUACUGGCAUGCCCAGACCAUGAAAUGUGCCGAAAUGAUCCGCACCGCCUAUCGUCUCAAAUGUGAAGAAGAUGAUGUCCCCACUCGCGUCAUUUCUGGUCUCCAGAAUGAAGUUCGUGCCUACCGCUUUGCGCUUGGCAUGGAAGCCGAGAAGCCCGAAGAGGAGUACGGUUGGGAAUAUCUCAAGGAUAUCCCAGGCAUGGAUUAA